CAGAUCACACGAACGUACCACCUCUAUAUAAGCGCCCAAAGACUACAGAGUGAGCGAGGGAGCAUCGAGCGAGAACAUCAAUGGCGGAGACGAAGGAAUUGGUGCUACUGAACUACUGGGUGAGCCCUUACGGGAUGCGCUGCCGGAUCGCGCUGGCGGAGAAGCGGGUGGAGUACGAGCACAAGGAGGAGAACGUGAUGGAGAAGAGCCCGCUGCUGCUGCAGUCCAACCCCGUGCACAAGAAGAUCCCCGUCCUCGUCCACGGCGGCAAGCCCGUGUGCGAGUCCCUCGUCAUCGUCCAGUAUGUGGACGAGGCGUGGCCGGACCGCGCGCCGCUGCUGCCCGUCGACGCCUACGGCCGCGCCCAGGCCCGCUUCUGGGCCGACUUCGUCGACAAGAAGAUCUUUGAGUGUGGGACUAAGCUAUGGAGGCUCAAGAAAGAGGCACAAGGAGAGGCGAAGAAGGAGAUCACUGAGGGACUCAAGCUCCUGGAGGGCGAGCUGGGGGAGAAGAAGUACUUCGGCGGCGACGCCUUCGGCUUCGUCGACAUCGCCCUCGUCCCUCUCAUGGCCUGGUUCCGCACCUACGAGUACUUUGGAAGCUUCAGCGCGGAGACGGAGGCUCCCAAGCUGGUGGCGUGGGGCAAGCGGUGCAUGGAGAGGGAGAGCGUCGCCAUGUCGCUUCCUGACCCCGCCAAGGUUUACGAGUUAGUGUGCUUCAUAAGGAAGACGUUCGGGCUCGAGUGAAACAGGAUUCUUCUUCUGCUGCCUGCAAUAUUUCUAGGUCGUGCGUGUGGUGUGUUGAAGGUGGGAGGUAUUGGCAAUUCUCGUCGUCUUCCAUCUAUUUCCUUGUGAUUGUUGAAUAAUACGUCCCUAUGCCGACAACAAACCAUGGACUGAGCUUGCCGUGGUAAUCGAUUUCUUCUCUCUUUCU